AUGAAGGCCAGCGGAUUUCUCUGCCGGUCACAGGCCUCGACGGCGGUUUGCGUCCCAGGCGAUCCCCGGUUGAUGAUACUACCGCGUGGGUAUUCCCGCCUUGUCGACUCUCGGAGACUCAGCUCUGGCAGCCGGAGUCGGGCAGUCACCCUCCCGAUGGUUACAAAGAAGCAAAGAUCCGACUCACGACUACGGCCCACAGCCACCGCCGUCGCCGCCGCUGCCGCAACCAAUGGCCAAGUCUUCCAAGUGGUGGUCAUGAGAGUUUCAAUCCAUUGCCAAGGAUGCGCAGGAAAAGUGAGGAAACAUCUCUCUAAAAUGGAAGGUGUGACAUCCUUCAGCAUAGAUCUGGAAUCCAAGAGGGUAACAGUGAUGGGGCAUGUGUCCCCUGUGGGGGUCCUGGAGAGCAUAUCAAAGGUGAAAAAGGCCGAGUUCUGGCCAUGCUCAUGAAUUCAACUCCA